AUGAUCAAGUUUACUGACUCAGCGGGUAUAGUCUUGGGACAUGCCGUAUCCUUCUUCAAUGACGCCGACGGCACGUUUGCAUAUGGCAGAGCUACACCACAUGCCAUAGGAAAAAUGUGGGAACCUUCAUCCCAAAAGCUCAAUAGAGUUGGCGGCAACUGGUCUCCGAACAAACCACUUGCGCAUAUUGCCGAAACUAUCAUACGACAACAACUCCAACCCGGCCAACGGCUUGACAAGCUCCAACGCGUGUUUCUCUCCAGCGUUCAUAGUUCUAUGACUUGGGACAAAAUGACCUCGAAAGUUAUAUUACCUACGCCAUGGACCGAUUCCCGUACCGUGUCGCUCCUUGAGUGGACCAGAGAAGCGCUUAUGGAAGGAGCCACGACUUCUUUUUUUGGACCUAAGCUCCGUGAAAUUGAACCUGACCUUUUUGACAGCUUUUUUUCUUUCGACGACAGUAGCUGGAAACUGACUUACAAGAUUCUUGCUCCUUGGUCUAAUGAUAUGAAAGCUGCAAAAGCUAUUGGCCAGAAUGCUCUAACGAGGUAUUUCGAAAUUUCCACCAGUCAGCGUCCGGGUGCCUGCUGGCUCGUGGAAGCAUUGGAGAUUGAAAUGAAAGCUGUGGGUAUUCAAGCGCCUGAUAUCGCUGCCUAUCGUACGAUGAUCUAUUGGGUCCUUUUAGCCAAGAUACGGCUUAAACUUAAACUCAUCAUGGCAACUCCCGCAUCUCAGGAUCCCAACUCUCUUGCAAAUUCAUUUGUUCCUACAGCUACUCCCCAUUUUCUCGCCUUGUACCACGAAGUUUUGAGGCUUAUAACUUCAUCUGUGUCUGUUCGCAAUGUCGCAUCCCCUACUUACGUCGGUGGAAAAGAACUACAGCCAGGCGGCAGGGUUAUCAUUCCAUAUCGGCAGUUACUACUCAAUGAUGAAGUUUUCGGGGCCGAUGCUGGUGAAUUUCACCCGGAGAGGUUUAUGACCAAUGAUAAGCUGAAUGUAAACCCGAGCUACAGACCUUAUGGCGGUGGUUCAACUUACUGCCCGGGGCGAUUUCUGGCCAAGGCGGAGGUAUUAACUUGUGUUGCUUUAGCUCUGUGGAGAUUUGAUAUGCAACUCAUAGAUAAAGAAGAUAUUGGGAUUGAUAUUCAUGAAAAGAGCUUUGAGUCAAGGGCUAAGACACAAUUUCCACGUCUGGAGAUAAAGAAGCCUUGCUUAGGCAUUAUGGGUCCAGUGGAUGGAGAUGAUGUUUUCGUCAAUAUUUCCUGUAGGGCUUGA